UGGUGGUGCGGGCCGCAGAUUCAAAAUGAGCCCGCUUUAUGAAUUAAUUGUCAACGUGAUAUCGAUGAUAUGCAUUCUCCUGACCCUCGCCGUUUACCUCUACGUCAGGCAGCUCCGGAAUACACUCGGCAAAUGCGUCACCUGCAAACUGUUUUGCUUGUUUUUUUGCUAUUUGCAGUCGGUUUCAACUUACUCUGAGGAAGUUAGGCUCUUACCGACCUACUUUCAAGACUUCUUCGUUUUCUGCGGCAUCGCUAAUGAAACCUGGAACGGCGUCAUAAGCUAUCACCUGUGGAAGGUCUUCAGGCCACUAGGAAGUCCCGAAAGCCGCCAUCAGUUUCUAAUGUACAACGCUUUUGCCUGGACUUCGGCUGCAACUGCAACGGGAUUGUCUAUUAUUGAGAGAUACUUCUACUGGUCUACUACAGUCGCUGUGCUAAACCUUGUCAUGGUAGCGCUGUGGGCGAUCUUGGUUUUCUUCAAUGUGGUAAUGUUUUUCCUGACUACCAUCAACAUAUGGAAGGUAAAAAAGGAAAUUAAGAGGUUUUCAGAAAACGAGGACACUCCCAUGGCCUGCCUAAGUUUCGACACGCAGACAUAUCUCCAGUUCCUCCGGAUAUUCGUUAUGAUCGGCAUUUCAUGGAUUCUUCGGGGUGUUCCUUAUUUAAUGUACUUUUUUAAUUUCUAUGAUUUCAUCGUAUACUGCACGAACACACUCAUCCAAAUCUUCCAACUGGGUUUCGGUAUUUGGGUCUUCGUGCUCCUCGUCGUCAAGCGCACCACGCUCCAAAUGCUCACGGAUAGCAUUCGUGAAAGAAGGAACAAGCGGCGUAUCCGUGCUCAGAGAGCCAAGGACCUGGCCUAGCCCCAUCCGAAGAAAAUGUGCUCUGUGGAAUCGAAUACCUUUCAAUACUUUACUUUUCUUAGAUUAUGCUUGCUUU